AUGGCCUCCUCCUCCUCCUCCUCCUCGUCCGGAACGACCAAUCUCCGCGAGCUCAUCAAGUCCACGACUCCCAUCCUGGAACCCGAGCAAUUCGUCUUUGCACACCUCCUCGCAGACUCGUCGAAGCUGCCGGAUACGUUCAGUCGGAUGUCAGAGCUGAAUGUCAAAAUGCUGUUCCGCGAAAGGGAGGCAUGGACGAUCAUCCUGCCCCAAGCCGUGGCGGAUCGGGAAGGCCUGGGUUACGAGUUUCCGUGCCGACAGAUCACUCUGAAUAUUCAUUCCAGCCUGGACGCGGUCGGCUUCAUCGCGGCGAUUGCGGCGCGGUUGACACGGUUGAGUGUGGGCGUGAAUUGCGUUGCUGCGUACUACCAUGACCAUUUAUUCAUCCCGACGGGAAGGGAGGACAGUGUGGUUGCAGAGUUGGAAGCCAUGGCAAGCGAGCAAAAGUAG